AUGGGGAGUAACAAGAAAAAGCAAACCCUAAUUUCUACUACAAACGUUGUUGUAAAAUCAGAUCUUGAUGGCAUUGGAAGUCACUCACCAAUAGUUUCUUCCUUCAACGACAAGAUUCGUCCCGUGCUCGAUGCCGUUGACAAGCUCAGAAACCUCGCCGUCAUGGAGGAAGGAAUCCAGCUUCCCACCAUCGUCGUCGUCGGAGAACAGUCUUCCGGCAAGUCCUCCGUUCGAGAAUCCCUAGCAAGAAUCAACCUGCCACGUGGACAAGGCAUCUGUACAAGAGUCCCACUCAUAAUGAGACUCCAAAACAGCUCGAAUUCUCAGCCGGAGCUUUUUCUAGAGUACAACCAGAUUAAAGUUCCGACCACCGAAGAAAAUGUCUCCGAAGCUAUAAACACGGCGACUCAGGUCAUUGCCGGAGAUGGUAAGGGAAUAUCUAAGACCCCUUUGACUCUCAUUGUGAAAAAGAAAGGUGUUCCGGAUUUGACCAUGGUUGACCUUCCCGGAAUAACUAGGGUUCCGGUUCACGGUCAACCGGAGAAUAUUUAUGAUCAGAUUAAGGAUAUCAUCAUGGAGUACAUUCAACCGGAGGCUAGUAUUGUUGGAAAUUAUUUGUUCUAA